UCAUUAGUAUAACAUUUAAUAAACAAUCAAGGAUCCGUAUAAAACUUUAGUCAUACAUCCUAUCACAUAAUGUCGUUUUCUGCUAUCUUUUUCGAUCAUUAAUCGUUUAUUUGUGCUUCCCCGAAGAUGGUUAAUCCUUUGACUCCUCCAGUGCUACGUGAACCAGUCUAUUGGCACUUCGGUGACCAGACCCUGAACCGCGAGGCCAGGGAUGCACGUCUCGAUCGUCGAGAUCGGUUGUCCGGAUUACGGUGGGUCUGGGCCUGCAAUGGUGCUGUUCCGGAGAAUGGCAUUCCGGCGGGGGGCUCCGGAAGCCGUAGAUACUACAUAGGAAGGGCGCACUACGAGGGAUCGGUAACACCGGGCAGGGUGGAUCUCAAACGUAAAGCGUGCAGCAUUGCCUGGGGUGGAGACGAACAUCUGAGAAAUGUGUAUGAAGUCCUUUGCACACCUGGACAUUUUGUGCGAAUAACGGAGGAAAACACGGAAUCGCUGCUAUUAGCCAGCACGGCUGGAAUGUCUGAAGAGGGUGAACCACUGUUCAUUGGCCGAGUUGAGCACAAGGGCGAGAUGAUAUACGGGAAGGUCCAACGUUCGCAUGGAGUCUGCUACAUUGCAUACGAGGGCAAAGAACUAGCAUUCAAAAGUUAUGAAUUGUUCGUAGCAAAUGUUCCCAUGCGUCUGGAUAGCUCCUACUGGUUGCCAAACUUAAAGUCUGAUAUUCCGGAACACGCCACAGUUGGCGGAGGAACACCUAAUAAAUCCCUAUAUAUAGGGCGAGCGAAGCAUCGUGGCUCGCUUACUCCUGGAUCGGUGGACCCUGAAACGUGGCAGUGCCAUAUCGCGUGGGGUUCAGACGAACAUAGAAAGACAUAUUUUGAGUAUCUGUGUCGCUGCAGUGGACGAUUCGUGAAGUCACAAGGAAACCACUUGCCCAUCGGAGCGAUAAGAGGAGGGUAUUCGGAAUACGGAGAACCACUUUUCAUUGGACGCGUGAAGAUGAAGGAAGGUUACAUAGUGGGGAAAGUUCAGCCAUCGCACGCCGUUUGCUACAUCCCUUAUCGUGGAAAGGAAAUAGCCUACAAAAAGUAUGAAAUACUGGUGCAAGCCGACUGAGGCUGGUGACAUCGGAUAGUAUUUGCCUAUAAACGUGAUAUCUAAGUCGUGACAAACACAAUACAAAUUUAUUCAAUGCUUACGUGUGUGUUCGAAAUUGUAAUCGUUCAUAAAAUUAAAUUAAAAACUAAGGUUUAAAUGUUCAAUCGAGUAAAAUAAUUGAAUGCUA